AUGGGCAGCCACGAGCAAAAUGGUACGAUACAGUGGCCGGCGGCGGAGGUGGUGGUGGUGAUGGUGCCGUUCGUAGCUCAUGGCCAUCUCAACCAACUCCUCCACCUCUCCCACCUUAUAUCCUCCUAUAACAUCCCUGUCCACUUCGUCAAUACCACCAUCCACAUCCGCCAACUCCGUUCACGCCACCACGACUCCACCCCCAUCCACUUCCAUGGAUUCCCAACUCCUCCCUUCACUUCGCCUCUUCCCGAUCAUUCCAAACGCUUUCCUUGCCACCUACAACCCGCUUUCAACUCAACCCUCCAUCUCCGCCGCCCAGUCGCCGACCUCAUACUUUCUCUCUCCGCCACCACCAGAAGAGUCGCCGUCGUCCAUGACUUUCUGAUGUCGUACGUCCUCCAAGACGUCCACAAUAUUCCAAACGUCGACACUUACAUCUUCAAUCCCCUCUCUGCAUGCGCCACCUUCUGGAUAGAGUGGGAGAGAUGUGGAAGACCUUUUUCGGUGGACUCAGAAGUUAUGAAACGAAUCCCGUCCGGUGAUGGAGCUUUCUCGCCGGAGUUUAUGGAACUGGUGGAUCUUCAAUACCCACAUGUGACUUCUCACGUCGGAGAGUUGUUCGAUUCAUCAAGAGCCAUUGAAGGUGAAUAUCUUGAAUAUUUAGAGAGAGAAGAGCUCAAAGGGUCCAAGAAGGUUUGGGCAAUCGGACCGUUCAACCAUGCUAACAAACCAUUAGCUAUGGUUUCAGAAAACCGUCACAAAUGCUUGCAGUGGCUGGACUUGCAGCCUCCUAAUUCCGUCGUUUAUGUUUCUUUUGGGACCACAACCACCUUUAGCGACGAACAAAUGAAAGAGCUGGCAAUCGGGCUAGAGAGAAGCCAGCAAAGGUUUGUGUGGGUGGCUCGAGCCGCGGACAAAGGGGAUGUGUUCGGUGACGAGGCUAAGAUGGCGGAAUUUCCUGAUGGGUUUGAAGUGGCGGUGGAAGGGCGGGGAUUGGUGGUUCGCGGAUGGGCACCACAAUUGGAGAUUUUGGGACAUUUAGCGACGGGUGGGUUCAUGAGUCAUUGUGGGUGGAACUCGAGCAYRGAGAGUAUAUCAACYGGYGURCCAAUGAUCACKUGGCCRAUSCAUUCUGAUCAACCAUGGAAUGCGUUUUUAAUCACGGAUGUUCUUAGAAUUGGAUUGAUGGUGCACGACUGGGAACACAAAGACGAGUUGGUGACUUCGGUGGUAGUGGAGGAUUUGAUUCGAAGACUAAUUGAUUCGAGGGAAGGGGAGGAGAUGCGGAAGAGGACGGCAGAACUGGCGGAUUCCGUUCGGAGAUCAGUGACCGAUGGUGGCGUAUGUCGUAAGGAGAUUGAUUCCUUCAUUUCCUUCAUCAGCAGGGAGUGAUAACAACUUUAAGGUGGUCCUUCGAUUUGAGCAUGUUUUCUUUGUUUCACAAUUAUUGUUGAUGUAAAACCUUUUAUUUUCCUUUAUCAUAAUAAUCAUAGGUUUAAAUCUCACACCCAAAGAAAACACCAUCCAGUAGUCCACUUAUUUAUUAGGCUAAUUCCGGUAUAUAUUUGUCAUUGUUUGA